UGCUCCUGCGCACACCAGUACAUCGCAUAGCAACAGCGGUGAAGAAGAAGGUCAGCACGCCUCGGUGCCGUUAACAACGCGGAAGAACGCCGGUGUGCCGCCGCCGUUUGUCGGACACUAUGGACGGGUUUGAUCAAUUCAACGACGCGGAGAAGGCAGAGGCGUCCGAGCUGCAGCGAAUGAUCGCGAUAGAGCAACAGAAAGCGCAGUUCCAGGCCCAGGUGCACACCUUCACUGACGUCUGCUGGGACAAGUGUGUGGACAGUCCCGGCUCCAAGCUCGACCACCGGACGGAGACGUGCUUGGUGAGCUGCGUGGAGCGCUUCAUCGACACCACCCUGAGCAUCACCAACCGCUUCACGCAGAUGGUGCAGAAGGGCGCUCACUGAUGAAGAUGAAGAGCGACUCCCAAGAGGAAAACCGGGCCGAGGACAUGAACAAAGUGUUUUGUGUAGCGGUGGGAGGCCGCGGGCACGGAGGACGUGUGGCGAGACGUAGCCGUUUGUGUGACAUCAGUGUGCUCGUGUCCGCCAUCCUGUCUGUGGUCCUCGGCGUAUCUGACUGGAAGGAAGGAAUCCAGCCAUCGAGUGGUUGCUUCUUCUGCUGUCAUCGUCGGACCGUGUUUAAAAUGUUUUUAUCCUGGUUCGAUUGACAUGUGAAUUAAACAUAUCGUAUUUGUCAAUUAAAAGAUGGCUGAGUUUUUGUGA